UAGUGACUUAGAGAGGAAUAAAACAUUUUGAAAUGGCAUCCAUAGAAGGCACCAACAGCAUGAAGCAAAUAGUUUUACAAAUCCCAACGUUCCUAAAUGUCUACAACGAUGGUAGCACAGAACGCCUUGGAAACAUGCCGAGGGCUCCACCAUGUCUCAAUGACCCUGAAACCGGUGUCUCCUCCAAAGACAUUGUCUUCUCCAUUAACCCCCUCCUCUCUGCUCGACUCUACCUUCCCAAACUGAACGCCAAUGAUCAGAAACUCCCCAUCUUGGUUUACUUUCACGGCGGCGCCUUCUGCCGUGAAUCAGCCUUUUCAGAACAUCACCAUGAAUAUUGCAACAUCGUAGCAUCCCAAGCAAAUGUUUUGAUUGUCUCCGUGGAACACAGAAAGGCCCCAGAGCAUUAUCUCCCUGCAGCGUACGAGGAUUGCUGGGCUGGUCUCAAAUGGGCUGCAACUCAUGCCAAUGCCACCCAAAACAGCCACAUUAUCAGUGAACCAUGGCUCAUCGACCACGGGGAUUUCAGCAAGAUCUUCAUAGGGGGUGAUAGCAGCGGUGGAAACAUUGUCCACAACGUUGCCAUGCGUGCCGGUGUUGAGCCUUUACCUAACGAUGUCAAAAUCAUUGGUGCAUAUAUGAACCACCCUUACUUUUGUGGUUCGAAGCCAGUUGGGUCGGAACCGAUUGAAGGGUUCGAGAAAAGCUUGCCGUAUAUGGCAUGGGGUAUUGUGUACCCUGAUGCUCCUGGUGGGAUCGAUAACCCCAUGGUGAAUCCAAUGGCUCCUGCGGCACCCAGCUUGGCUACCCUUGGUUGCUCCAAGAUGUUCAUUUCGGUUGCCGGCGAUGAUGUAUCGUUUAGGGAUAGAACUGUUUUGUAUUACGAGGCCGUCAGGGCCAGUGGCUGGAAAGGGCAAGUGCAAUUGUUCGAAGAGAAAGGAGAGCAACAUGUUUAUUACAUGUUCCAUCCCCACACUGACAAAGGCAAGAGAUUGAUCAAGCAUGUUACUGAUUUUCUUAAAGAAUGAAAGACAAUU